AUUAUUAUAGUUACAGAUACAUUUUAUUAUUAUUACUAUUAUUAUUAUUGUUUUUUUUUUAAAUUUUAUUUUAUUUUCUCUUUUGUACGCCACUGACUGAUGUGAAUAACUUAUUAGCGCUGCGCUGGCUCCUCGCGUUCGGCUGGCUGGUGGUGGUGUCGUCCCGAAAGCGGAUUCUCGUCAAACAAUAAUAAAUAAUAAUAAUAAUAAUAAUAAUAGCAAUAGUAACGUAAUAUCAUAUUAUUAUUAUUGUUGUUAAUUUAUUGUAAUAUCCUCUGAGAUUUGUAUUUUGUGAGACAUUCGGUCCACCGCCGACGUUGUUCCGUACGUAUAACAAUUAUUUGUGACUCUUUCAUCGCAAUCGCGUCAAUAUGGCGUAGUGCGGCCGUCCGAUUUCGUCUUUGUCGCCGCCGCUGUCGUCGUCAAACCUCCGCCGUUAACGGUAUCGUCGUAGGUAGUUCGGUAGGUAGGUAACCGUCGCCGCCACCGUGCAGUGUCAGUGCGAUGUAUUAACGAAGCUAAUAAUAAUUACGAUACAUCAUAAGGUUGUUGUAUUUUACCUACCCGCAAAAAAUAAACAGUGCUAACGGGGUUCAGCCUUCGUUAUUCUAUAGUGCUUUUCCGAUUUCGAAAGCCUCGAGUGCUGCUGCUACCAAGUAGAUAAGACGUAACGUUUGUCGGUGGUGCUGUCGUUGGCGUGACCGUGACAAAGAAUUGUCCCUGUUCCAUGACUUCGACGGAUUAUUUAGCAACGAUCCGACAGCGGACAUCACCCGUAGUUACCUUGUAGCGCACUAACGUCGCUCGUCAAAACAAACAUGACUACAUCCAUCAGGUCCAUUCCGUCUGACAAGAUAAACCUCAGAUUGAUUCUUGUCAGCGGUAAAACUAAAGAAUUCAUAUUUAGCCCUAACGACUCGGCGGGUGAUAUAGCUCAAGCAAUUUUUGAUAAUUGGCCAGAAGAUUGGGCGGACGAAGCAGUCGAAAAAGCCGAGAUCCUCAGACUGAUAUAUCAGGGUCGUUUUUUACACAGCAACGUCACAUUGGGUGCUCUAGGACUUGUGCCAGCCCGUACCACUGUUAUGCAUCUUGUACCAAGGGAAACACUACCCGAACCUAAUUCACAAGAUCAAAGACAAAAAAGUAAAGGUGCAAGCAGUAGUUGCUGUUCAGCUGCCUGUACUAUAUUAUGAAUGUGUUCUACAACAAUGCAAAUAUUGUGUAUUUACUAUUUAGUAAAAUAAAUAAGUAUGCUUAAAAUGCAACUUUCAAAACAAAUGUGUAGUGAGUGGUCUCACCAUUUACCCAAUGAUGAAUUGUGACCAUUGGUGGGUUAAUGUUCUAUAGAUUUUUUUUUGACUUGUAUAUUUUCAGAUAUCCCCUCCAAAUUUUUUUUAAUUAUAAUUAUUUUUGUUUCUUAUUAACUAUAUCAUACAUAGGUCUAAAGACAAAAAAAGUAAUUAUACUUUAUAUUAGGUUUAUUAAUAUAUCACAGAUAUGACGCGAGUAUGAACCUGCUUCAUUUGUUGGUAUUUUAAUAAACUGUGUUCAAUUUAUAAAAAUUAACGCAACCAAUUUACUCUACCAUGAUAAUGGAUAACCGAACUAUCCUUUAUUUUGUAUUGUUGCAAUUCAUGAUGAAAAUUUGUAAUCUUUACUAUUAUAGGUUAUUUAGAUUUGUUCGGUCUUCCUUUAAUAACAAAAAAAAGAGUUAAUAAAAAAUAAAAAUAUUUUUAUAAAAAUAUAUAUGUAUACAUUUAAAAAAAAAAUGUUAUUGCACGGUAUAUGAUUACUGUUCUCCAUUUGUCUUUAUGAUGUAUGUUUUGUGUAAAUAGUAAUAUUCAUUCGUACAUUUAAAUUAUGUUUUGAAUUAUAUUUUUGGGAUAAAAGAAAU